UUCCGAACGUAGCGAAAUAGCCGAGACUUUGUUUACGUCCUGUUGGUUAGCUGACAGCUGUUGUAGCGCUUUCCUCACAGAAACACUCGUGUCUGCAUGUCUUUGUUAGUUUUCCGGAACUUCGUCAACUUUUAGCCAAGUGUCGUGAAUGUCUGAGAUGGGAUGCUUUAUUGAAUGAGGGGCUGCUGCUAGAUGCCGACAGGAGGAUGAACUCCAUCACCGGUCGGGUUCUUGCUAUCCCCGCCGCCUCUGUCACCAACUCUGGAGCUUCAGCCUCUCGAGCCCUACAUGUGGAGCUCACAUCCCAGCAGAGACGGUUGCGUCAUCUUCGGAGCAUCGCAGCCAGAAACAUUGUCAACAAGAAUGGCUCUCCACUGCUGGACACGUACUUCACCCUCCACCUUUGUAUAGGAGACCGCAUUUCUAGAGAUUUUUACAAGAGUGAAGUCAUACGAGACUCACUGAAUCCAACUUGGCGCAGCCUGGACUUUGGCAUGCUCCCAGACCUUCUGGACACCUCAGUGUCUUGCUUUGUGGUGAGAAUCUGGGGAGGGCAGAAGGAACAGUACCAGCUCCUCAUCGAAUGGAAGGUUAAUUUGGACGGCCUCAGAUACACAGGGCAGCAGAUUCGAUCCAGAAAUCCAAAUGAGAUCAUAUUUGGAUUGAAUGAUGGCUACUAUGCAGCUGACUUUGAUCAGAAGGAUCAGUCGGAGCGUAAGAAAAACAGCCUCCUUCAGGUUGACCAGAGUUCAGUCAGGAACUCGUACAGCGUUUUUUCUUUGCUCAGGCUUCACACAGCCCAGAGAGCCAUCAAACAGACCCAAGUCACAGUGCAGAAGAUCGGGAAGGAGAUCGAGGAGAAGCUAAGAACGACGGCGGCCUGCACAGAGCGGAAGAAGGAGCGCGAGUGCAUGCAGCUGCGUAUAGCGGUCCUUCACAGUGAGCUGGAGCGGCAGAGGAAGGCACUUGGGAGGGAGAGAGACCUGCGACAGAAAGAGAGGGCACUGCUGCAGAAGAAAGAGGAUUCGUUUUCUGCUCAGCACGAGCGUCUGAAGGAGGAGAAAGAGUCCUUAUCCAAGCUGCAGAAGGAAUGCACAGCCAAGAGAGAGCAGUUCCUCAAGUCCAACGCCCAGCUCACCUUCCGUUGUCGUCAGCUCCUCUCUGAGCUUUCCUACAUCUACCCCAUCGAUGUGACCAAUCAGUCGGAUUAUGUCAUCUGUGGAGUGAAGCUGCCAAACUCGGAAGACUUUCAAGCAAAGGAUGAUGGGAGCAUAGCAGUCGCCUUGGGUUACACAGCACACCUGGUCCUCAUGAUCUCAUGCUUCCUGCAGAUCCCUCUUAGGUAUCCGGUGAUCCACAAGGGUUCACGCUCUUCUAUCAAGGACACCAUCACUGACAGACUCAAUGAGAAAGAGAGAGAAUUCCCUUUGUACCCCAGAGGAGAGCGGUUUCAUUUUGAAUAUGGCGUCUACUUACUCAACAAGAACAUUGCCCAGCUGAGAUAUCAACAUGGACUGACCACCCCAGACCUGCAGCAGACACUACCCAACCUGAAGAACUUCCUGGAACAUGGGCUGAUGGUGCGAUGUGACCAACAUCAUGUCUCUAGCUCCAUCCCAGUGCCCACCAAGUCUCAGCUUGGUGUGUCUGCAGCUUCCGAGCUGGCCUAUCCCUGCCACACCAGCUCCCCAGACCGAGGCCUGAGGAACAGAGCGAGUUCAGAGGCUGAAGCAGAGCUUAAAUACAAGCCAACAACACCUCCACCCAGCUACAAUACAGCCAUCAGUGAGGGAAAGUCCCAGGUUGGCCUGGCACCGCCUUCGCCUUCACCGUCACCAUCACCAUCACCCACACACCUGUCAUCCUCCCUUGAUCCAAGCAAGGCCCCACUUGACCUCUCCACAAAUACAGAAACCAAUGUGGAGGAAGAGCAGAAGGAAGAGAAGCAGGAGGCUAGAGGCACAGCGGUGGAGGCAGAAGGACGUAAAACUGCUGAACGAGAGAGCGAAAGACAUAAAGAGAACAAGAGUGAUGAGAUGGGGGAGAACCCAUCCAGCAGCUCAAUGGCACCAAACUCUUCUGCAGUGCAGGACACUGAUGAAGAAACGAUGCCCGCUGCCCAGCACACAGGUGCCAUGAAUGGCUCUUUAGUAUUAGAACAGGCGCCCAUCAGCCUGAUCCCAGAGCUGCGCUGCUCAGUGGAACAAGCUGAGGAGAUCAUGGGCACAGAGGCCACUGGUUUAGGUCUGGGGAUGGGGUUGGGAUUAGCAGAUGAAGCCCGGCUGGAUGACUACCGUUGCAUCCCCGUAGACCACGCCGUAGCUGUGGAGUGUGAUGAACAAGUGCUGGGAGAGCUGGACAUGGCUGGCUUCGAGGAGUUUUCCAGGCGAAUCUAUGCACUGAAUGAGAACAUGUCCAGUUUUCGUCGGCCACGCAAGAACUCUGAGAAGUAAGGCAGAGGACCCGAGGAGAGACGAAGGCAGGAAACUUGCACAGAUGCUUUUGGAAAAAAUGUGAGGCAGGGCAUGCGAGACUUGGAGGAUAUGUGUGGCGCUCGCUCCUUAACCAUAGCAUAAAAACAUCGUAGGAGCUCUUCUGGAAAAACAACCAAUUUGCACUUAUUGUAAACAUUUCCAUAAUAAACCUUUAAAUAAGAAGCAGUUGAAAGUGCAAGUACUGGGACAACAAGCAGUGCUCUUACUGUUCAUGCAAACUUUAAUAUAUUUUCCAAACAGAUUGAAAACAGUGUUAAGACCUUUUAGAUUCACAGAAGGAUUUAGCCUCAGUUUAAGUAAUCCCCCCUCUGUUGUUCCAGUAAACGGGACCAUUACAGUAAAAUAGCGCUCAGCCUUGACCUUGCCUCGUUUUAGAUCCACAGCCAGAGUGCAGCUCAGUACCUCCACAGCUCCCUCCUGAUCACUCUGCUAGUCUUUUGAAUUAGUGCGGUUUUUCUUUUUGAGAGUCGGAUGUCCCAGUAAUUCCACCUUUGACUGUACAAGCAAAUGUUAAAAUGCUUCCCGAGCCUUCAUUCAGGGUGUAUGACAGUGGGCACUUGCAGGAGGGAGUACUUGGAAGUAAGUGUGUGAUUGUGCACACACCUCACAUCAGCAUUUCACCAUAGUCACACAAUCACAGUUGGAGUAAUCCCACCAAUGACCCCGAGGACACGGCAGUAUUCUGCUACCACAGAGCGAGGUGGGAGCUGGAACCCGUAGCCCAGUCAGAGACUUGUUAACUGUGACACGCUGCAUCUCCUCGGCUUCGACAGGCCGACCCACUCGUCAUUCUCCUCACGGGCUCGAGUUUCUCCUUCAGGUCUUAAAUGAGGAUCUUAAGAGUGGCAGGUUGAAGCUCUCAGAUCUUGGCAGGGAUACGGUGUCUUUUUUUUCUCAGCUUUUACCUUUUAAGUUUAUCGUACCACAUCGGCAUAAAUUUAAUGACAUGUCCGCUGAUUCUUACAUUCAGUAGACCAAAACCUGUCAUUGCGUGUCCAUCGUCUGUUGGAAUGUCACUCAGGCUUACUUCUAACUGUUAAUAACGAGUGUCUCAAUCCCACCGUCUGUGAUUCAGCGUCUGCCUGCUCCCAAUGCUUUCUUGCACUGGUAUUCAGUUUUUGCAUUAUUUAUGUCUCUCAGCAACUGUGUGUGCAAAGAAAUCAAUAUUUAGUUUGAAUUCACUCAUGAAUGUUGUCAAAUGUAGUAGACUGAUGUCAUAACCAGUAUCCGGGUCCAGACUUGGACAGCUGCUUUGCACCGCUGGCCUUGAUGAAGAUGGACUUUCCACUGGCGGCGCACGUCGUGUUUCCGAUGCAGUACCGUGUUUGCUGAUUGUUGGGAUUUAUUGUAUUUAAAACUAAAAGGUGAACCAUAUUAGAGCAUUUCCAUAACCAUACAGUUCAGUAAGUGACCAUGUACAUAUACUUUUGUAUGGAGAUUUUUUGGGGGCGUUAUUAAAGACUUGCGGUCCAAUGGCAUGGGUGUAUGUAUCCCAUUUAAGAGUCGUCUGUUUGCAUUUGUUUGGAAUAUUUCCUAUCAAAAGUAGAAACACCAGUAAUUCUGUCUCAAGCAUCUCAUUCACACACAGAAGCAUUCACACUUCAAUGGAAGUGUUUGGGGAAACUGGAGCCACCAACUUUCCAGUUGCACAACUGCCCUGAGCUAACAUGGGAAUGCUAAGAGAUUCCAAAGAUUGUCCAUCCAUCAAAAUCCCCAUGAAGCGAUUUGUAAUAAUCCCUUUGCAGCUGACACUGGACACUAGUGGGCAUAAACUGACUGACACAAUCUUGGUUUUCCUCGUCCACAUCUAAGCACCAGAACUGAGUUUUUGAACAUUUUCUCCCUGGAGGUGUUUUUCUCUGCUUUCAGUGACCUCAAACACAGUUCACAUGUAGACAAAAGGCCAACAUGCACAGCCAAAGCUGUUUACCAAAAUACCCGUGUAGGUGCUGACGGUAUAAUUAUUUACCACACCAGCAUGUAGAGGUCAGUGGGUUUCCUUCACUCCCACUGCUAGUUGCCUCAGAGUGACAGUAAAUUUAAAGGUCUCUACACACGGAGCUCGAUGGGUAAAAAAACCCAACAGAAAUUCCCAAAUUUUCCAGAUGUGACUUUGUUGUAUAAUGUAUAUACAGACCGAGCUUCUUGUGAUUUUGCAAGAAAAUUGCAAAAAAGGGUGU